AUGUUGCGCCAAAUUGGCGUCAUCAUCCCAUUUUUGGGAUUGGUCGUUUCGCAAUCCGUUUUCAACAAAUCGAUGCGAUUCGAACUCAUGCAAUCGUUUACUUGCACGCCUGUAAAUGGAGAUUGGCUAGUGGAGGCAUUUUUGGCAGCUUCGACCGGCGAACACGUCGAUUAUCGCAUCAGCGAUUUGUAUUACUACAAGAGCUCCACUGAAUCAACGAAAUCCGUCUACAUCAGAUCAUAUUAUAAAGGCUAUGAGCUUUUCGAGGAUUGGCCGGACGUGCUUCACUCGAUCCACCUCAUCUUCCGAACCGAUUGCACCCACAAUCCGGAUCCUAUUCAGAUCCGUCUGCCGCUUGUGAAUAAAGGUGUCUCCAACGGAUUCAUUUUCCUCGAAAGUCCGGCCUAUGUGAAACUUUCGCGUGUGUAUGACAAUAAAAUCAAAACGUCGUCGCAUUUUGAAUAUUUGUCGUUUCGACGAGCGACUACGAUGCCAGUGGACGUGUGGGAUAUUAUUUCAGUUCCGAGAUGA